AUGCUGGAUGGCCAAUCCCAGGUGGUCCUAGAGGCAUCCCGCCCGGGGAACCUUCUGCAUUCCCUAGGAUCGGCAAUAGAAUCCCACCGUCAGCCUUUCUGUACAGAUAGCGAGGGCUGGGGCCCUUUCAGCUCAUCGCGAUUUGAUCUGACGCCAUGCUUCCUUGACGUGAUUGUGGCUGUAGUGGCUGUUUGGGGUACGCUGAGUGGACUGGCUGCCUUGUGGCUUUUGCUGAAGAAGCGAAAUCCGCAGCCCGUAUCGAAGAACUGGCACUUCUACACCAAGUUGGUCGUUCUCGCUGCUAUCACCUUCGUCACCGCUCUGCAAGCUGCGGUUCAAGUCGAGUCAGAGCCCAAAAACUUCCAUGCCGAUUUUCGCUUUUGGUCCUCGAUUUUGACAAUUAUCUCGCUGGGUGUUAUUACCUCGGUCCAAUACUUUGAGCACUGGCGGAGUCGACAGCCCAAUGGGGUUGUACUGUUUUACUGGCUGUUCUUCAUUAUCGCCUAUGGGAUUAAACUGCGGUCAUUGGUCGCGCGCAAAGAAUACAUCGACGGACUUCCUUAUUUCGUCUGCAUCAAUGUGAGCUUGGGACUGGCACUGUUUGAAUUUGUUCUGGAGUAUUUCGUCCCCAAGAAGCAAAGUGCUUAUGAUGCCCUCGGAAGUGAUGAUGAAUGCCCUUACAACUAUGCAGAUAUCUUCUCGGUUCUUACGUUUGGCUGGAUGACUCCGAUGAUGAAGUUCGGAUACGACAACUACUUGACCCAGGAUGAUCUCUGGAAUCUCCGCAGUCGCGACACCACCAAAGCCACGGGAGACGCCUUGAAGGAGGCGUGGGAAGAACAGCUCGAGAAGACAAAGAACCACAGCGAUAAGAAGCCAUCGCUGUGGCUUGCGCUUUUUAAAGCUUUUGGUGGUCCUUAUAUCCGUGGUGCGAUCAUCAAAUCCGGAAGUGAUAUCCUUGCCUUCGUGCAACCACAACUCCUUCGACUUUUAAUUUCUUUCAUUGAUUCGUAUCAAAGCCCGGACCCACAACCUAUCAUUCGAGGUGUUGCUAUCGCCUUGUCCAUGUUUGUUGUAUCUGUCUGUCAGACUAGUUUCCUGCAUCAAUACUUCCAGCGUGCUUUCGACACAGGCAUGAGAGUUAAGUCGUCUCUGACCGCUUUGAUCUACGCCAAGUCCUUGAAGCUGUCGAAUGAAGGCCGUGCAACCAAGACGACCGGUGAUAUCGUCAACCACAUGGCUGUUGACCAGCAACGUCUGGCCGAUCUGACUCAAUUCGGUACCCAGCUCAUUUCUGCGCCCUUCCAAAUCGCCCUAUGCAUGGUUUCUCUUUACCAGCUCGUUGGACUGAGCAUGUUUGCCGGUGUCGGAGUAAUGCUAUUCAUGAUUCCCCUCAAUGGUGUCAUUGCGCGGGCCAUGAAGAAGUUGCAGAUCGUUCAAAUGAAGAAUAAAGACUCGAGAACUCGACUCAUGACUGAGAUCUUGAACAACAUCAAGAGCAUCAAGCUUUAUGCCUGGAACACGGCUUUCAUGAACAAACUCAGCCAUAUCCGAAAUGAUCUUGAGCUGAACACGCUUCGUAAAAUUGGAGCCACUCAAUCGGUUGCCAACUUCACCUGGCAAUCAACCCCCUUCCUUGUGUCCUGUUCUACCUUCACCGUCUUUGUGUUGACAAAUGACAAGCCCUUGACCACUCAGAUUGUGUUCCCUGCUUUGACGCUCUUCAACUUACUGACCUUCCCGCUCUCCAUUUUGCCCAUGGUUAUCACGUCAAUCAUUGAAUCUUCCGUGGCCGUGAAGCGGUUGGUUGAUUACUUCACCGCAGAGGAGUUGCAAACCAAUGCUGUUUCCUUCGAAGACCCUGUGGCACACAUUGGUGACGAGUCUGUCCGUGUUCGCGACGCCUCGUUUGCUUGGAACCGCCAUGACGGAGCCACCGUACUGGAGAACAUUGAUCUCAGCGCACGCAAGGGUGAGCUUAGCUGUAUCGUUGGGCGCGUCGGCUCUGGAAAGUCCUCACUUCUGCAAUCACUGCUGGGUGACCUGUGGAAGAGCGAAGGAGAGGUUGUUGUCCGCGGCCGCAUCGCGUAUGUGGCGCAAGCACCGUGGGUUAUGAAUGCAAGUGUCCGGGAAAACAUCGUUUUCGGCCACCGCUGGGACCCCGAUUUCUAUGACCUCGCUGUGGAAGCCUGUGCUCUGCUCGACGACUUCAAGACCUUGCCCGAUGGUGACCAGACUGAGGUUGGAGAACGCGGAAUUUCCCUCUCAGGCGGACAAAAGGCACGAUUGACACUCGCACGAGCUGUCUAUGCUCGUGCUGAUAUCUAUCUGUUGGAUGAUAUUCUUUCGGCGGUUGACCAACAUGUUGGACGCCACAUCAUCAACAAGGUACUUGGAAAGACCGGUCUCCUCAGUGGCAAGACCAGAAUUUUGGCAACCAACGCCAUCACUGUUCUGAAGGAGGCUGAUUUCAUUGGUCUCCUGAGGGACAAGACCAUCAUUGAGAAAGGAACUUUCGAACAACUCAUGGCUAUGAAGGGCGAGAUCUCGAACCUCGUUCGUACCACAAUGGUUGAUUCAGACGAUGAGGGUACUGUUAGUGGCUCUGAGGAUCUCGCGAGCCCUAACAGCUCGUCGGUCACAACCACUAUCAUCCAAACCGGCGGUGACUCGGACAGCGAGGAGGCAGAGCAACCCGGUGACCUUGUUCCUAUUCGCAGUGCUGGAAACGGGGAGGCUCGUAGGCGGACUUCUACUGUUACCUUGCGACGCGCAAGCACUGUUAGCUGGCAAGGUCCACGGCGCAAGCUGGGAGAUGAAGAGAACAUCCUCAAGAGCAAACAAACACAAGAGAGUUCCCAACAAGGAAAGGUCAAGUGGGGCGUCUACGGUCAAUAUGCAAAGGACAGCAACGUCUGGGCCGUUGGAAUCUAUCUAUUUGCUAUGUUGGCUGCCCAAACCGCUCAGGUGGUGGCCAAUUUCUGGCUGAAGAGCUGGACUGAGUACAAUGAACGCCACAAAACCAAUGAGAAAGUAGGCAAGUUCAUUGGUGUCUACUUGGCACUUGGCCUGGGAUCCUCUCUUUUGGUCAUUUGCCAGAACUUGAUUCUGUGGAUCUUCUGCUCCAUUGAAGCAUCGCGCAAGCUCCACGAGAGGAUGGCAUUCGCCAUCUUCCGUUCCCCCAUGAGUUUCUUUGAGACCACCCCAUCCGGUCGCAUUCUCAAUCGUUUCUCUAGUGAUAUCUACAGAGUCGAUGAGGUACUUGCUCGCACCUUCAACAUGUUGUUCGCAAACUCUGCCCGCGCGAUCUUCACCAUGAUCGUCAUUUCGUCUUCUACCCCUGCCUUCUUGAUAUUCGUUAUUCCUUUAUUUUACAUCUACCUCAGUUACCAGAAAUACUACUUGAGAACCUCUCGCGAGUUGAAGCGUCUGGAUAGUGUCACUCGAAGCCCUAUCUUCGCCCACUUCCAGGAGUCUUUGGGCGGCAUCUCGACCAUCCGUGCCUACCAACAGCAAGCUCGCUUUUUGCUUGAAAAUGAAUGGCGCAUGGAUGCCAACCUCCGAGCUUACUUCCCAUCCAUCAGCGCUAACCGCUGGCUCGCCGUGCGCCUCGAGUUCAUUGGCUCAAUAAUCAUUCUUGCAUCUGCAGGACUUGCUAUCUUGUCUGUUGCAUCUGGCGCUCGUAUCUCGCCUGGUAUGGUCGGUUUGGCCAUGUCGUACGCUCUCCAGAUCACCCAGUCUUUGAACUGGAUUGUCCGCCAGACUGUCGAAGUCGAGACUAACAUUGUGUCUGUUGAACGAGUCCUCGAAUAUGCCAAUCUCCCAAGUGAGGCUCCUGAUGUGAUCUUCAAGCGCCGCCCUGCCAUCGGUUGGCCGGCCCAAGGUGUUGUUUCUUUCAACGACUACAGCACCCGCUACCGCCCUGGACUGGACCUUGUGCUCAAAGAUGUCAACCUAGACAUUAAGCCCAAGGAGAAGAUUGGUGUUGUUGGCCGAACUGGCGCUGGAAAGAGUUCACUCACAUUGGCUCUUUUCCGUAUUAUUGAGGGCGUGAAUGGAAAUAUCAGUAUUGAUGGACUCGAUGUUUCUACCAUCGGAUUGACUGACCUUCGUGGCCGUCUCGCUAUCAUUCCUCAAGAUCCAGCCAUGUUCGAAGGUACCCUUCGUGACAAUUUGGAUCCUCGUCAUGUUCAUGAUGAUACUGAACUUUGGAGCGUACUAGAUCACGCAAGAUUAAAGGACCAUGUCACCCAGAUGGAAGGCCAGCUUGAUGCUCAGAUUCAGGAAGGAGGCUCCAACCUGAGUCAAGGCCAGCGUCAGCUUGUGAAUCUCGCCCGCGCUCUGUUGACUCCUAGCAAUAUCCUUGUUCUGGACGAGGCAACCGCUGCCGUUGAUGUAGAGACGGACGCACUCCUGCAGCGCACCCUGCGCAGCAGCAUCUUUUCUGAUCGGACUAUCAUCACAAUUGCGCACCGCAUCAACACGAUCAUCGACUCCGACCGGAUCGUCGUUCUGGACAAGGGGCGAGUGGCUGAGUUUGACACACCUGCAGAGCUUAUCAAACGCGGCGGCAAAUUCUACGAGCUCGCUAAGGAAGCUGGCCUGCUCGACAGCGACGGCUCUAUCUCUUCUCAAAAAUCGUAA